CCUUGGAUGGGAUUGUUGUCUGUUGCAUGUAUUUGUGUUCCGUAUCGUUAUUAAUUCUUCGUAUACCUUUUAAUGCGAGGCAUUUAGUUUUCUAAACACCAAACCUGCCUGGAUAUUUCUUUUUAUCUUGAGGUACCACAAACUUAAGAGGUCCCAGUGUCAGACAAGAUGAUCUCGAUGUCAGCAUUGACGUUCAUGAGGCUUGUGCUGUACUAUUCUGAUGUUCGCAUCCGUUUAACUGGUUCCAACGUGACAUUCGCUGGACGUGUUGAAAUAUUUUCUUAUGGAGUCUGGGGACGUAUCGAUGGAUCUUCGUCUUGGGAUAGAACAGAGGCUGAAGUGGUAUGCAGGCAGCUUGGCUUCCCAGGUGUUGUUACGGCCUUGAAAUAUUCACCGUUUGGAGAAGGGUCCGGACCAGUCUUGAUGUCUUACGUGAGUUGCACAGGAAGUGAGAAGACUUUACAACAAUGUCAGUACCGAGGCUGGCUUAAGAGUAAUGUCUGGGAAGGUAGAGAAGCGGGUGUGAUAUGCAAGACCCAUGAGCUUGAUACUGAUGUCCGCGAUAUUUCAAUUCGCCUUCAAGGAUCCUCUAUUCCUAAUGCUGGUCGAGUAGAAGUGUUGUACGCAGGAAUCUGGGGAGCAAUCAGUGAAACAAACUGGGACAUAAACGACGCCUCUGUGGUGUGUCGCCAGCUUGGUUAUCAAGCUGGUGCAGAAGUAGCUUUGGCAAACGGUGAAUAUGGGUCAGUCAGCGGUCUUGUGUGGAUUACUGAUCUUCAGUGCUCUGGAAGUGAAGCUAACAUAAUGAGCUGUUCUCAUGAUGGGAUUGGUAACAAGUCUGAAUCACAAAAUCCACAGAACGUUGCAGGUGUCAUAUGCAAGGAUUUGUCCCAAGCAAAUGGAAUGCUGAUUAGGUUAAGGGGAUCUCCUUCGCCAAAUAUGGGACGAGUGGAGGUUUAUUAUGCAGGAAAAUGGGGUUCAGUUUACGCCUCCGGUUGGGAUAUCAGAGAUGCUACCGUUGUCUGCCGCCAGCUGGGAUACACAACAGCAUUACUGACAGGAAGAGGACUAUUUUGCUCGCCCACUUUGCCAAUUUUCUUUCGAAACUUCAGGUGCUAUGGAAACGAAUCAGCGUUAGAACAUUGUGCUUGGGAUUUCUAUGGUUACACCUCGUCAAGUUACUGUGCAAAUGUUAUGUGCAGCAAUGAUACAGCUGAUUCAGGAUUUGAUAUACGUCUCACAAAUUCUGCUGUUGGACACGCUGGUAGGUUAGAGCUUCGAAUACACGGAAUUUGGGGGACUAUUUAUUUUCAUUAUUAUUCCAUACAAUGGACCAGUUGGGAUAGAGUAAUAUGCAGACAGUUAAACUUCUCUGAUAGCGUCCUUGCAGUUGGUCGGGCCGCGUUUGGACCGGGAACUGGCCCUCAGUGGUAUGAAGACUGGAAUAUACAUUGCCUUGGACACGAGAGUAAUCUACAAAAUUGCACUCAUUACAGACAGCCUCAAUUGUCAAUCUAUAAUCAUGACGAUGAUUUCAGUGUCAUUUGCAAACCAAGAGCUGCGCAAGCCAAUGACUUCAAGGUUCGCUUGACUGGAUCUAGUUUCAGUGCUGCUGGUACAAUCGAGGUGAUGUAUUACGGAGUCUGGGGAGGAGUGCUUGGCGCUGGUUAUAUUGAUAUUAAUGCAGGUCAUGUGGUGUGUCGUCAGCUGGGAUAUCAUAGCGCCGAUGAAAUUUUCCAAUACGCAGCUUUCGGACGAUUAAAAGGUCCAUUGUGGAUAUGGAGCAUACAUUGUAAUGGGAAUGAAUCGAACAUCUCAGACUGUGCAAUGACAACUUGGGACAAACACGUUCCGCAUGGAUGGUGGGAAUCUUAUUUACAACGUCCAGAUUUUGCAGCUGGUGUUUUAUGCAGACAGGAAAACUUCAACCCACCACAAAUGUUGAAUGUGAGGCUCGCUGGUGCUCCAAUUAGUAAUGCUGGACGAGUAGAAGUGUUUUACUUGGGAGAGUGGGGAACAGUAGGUAACUGGGGAUGGGACCUCAAUGCUGCUCACGUGGUAUGCCGCCAGUUGGGGUACCCUGCAAGCCUUUCUUUUGGUUAUAAUAAUCAGUUUGGUUCGAGGAAAGGGCCGCAAUGGUUCAGCAACUGGAGAUGUUUUGGCAACGAGACCAAUCUUGGAGAAUGUACAAAAGAUGGGUAUGGUUACACUUCCGGUGGAUCAUGGGGUACAACAGCAUUAUGCAAAUUACCAUAUCAAACAGACAUCUCUUCAAAAUGUUAUGAGGUCAAAUGUCAACAUCAAGGAACCUGCAUUGACACUGGAGGUGGUGCUAUUUGCAACUGCACAGAAGGAUUCACAGGAAUCCAUUGUGAAAAAUCAAUAUCUAAUCCAUGUCAGAGUUCUCCAUGUAUGAAUGGUGGAAAGUGCUUCAGCAAUGAAUCUUCAUAUAUCUGCUCGUGUCCCGAUGGGCUCUCGGGACAUCGUUGUGAGGAGCGAAUUACCAUCACCAUGAAACCGUGCCAGAGCCACCCGUGCCCAAACAAUGCAUUUUGCCACGAAAAUGAAACUCAUUUCUCCUGUGUGUCUGAUGAAGCACAGAAUUCAGCUUCUUUACAGACCAGUGAUGGGUCCUCGCAGAACGGAAGUACAAUCUCAAAGACUACUUUUAUCAUAACAUUAUCAAUUCUUGCAUCUCUUGUGUUCUUUCUUAUUGCUGUAAUUGUUUACGUUAUCUUCCAAAAUCGAAAGCUUUCUAAAGUUAGACUUAGAGACCAACAGGCAACUUUUAGCAACAUGGCCUACAGGAGCGAUAAAGAGGAAACCUACUACUGUGACGAAAUCGACCUGGGAACGGGAGCUAAUAACAGUUCAAUGCCAAAGAGGGACUCGGACAACACUAACCACUUAUAUGAAAUAGCUCCCGCUUUCCAUGAAACGGCCACCUCUCGAGCUCUUCCACCAAUUCCACCACCACAUAAAGCGGUAAGAAUGAAUCCGCAAGCUGCUCGUAAGAAAGCCAACUGGCGAAAUAGCGGUUUAAAAACGGAAGGAGCCUUGGAGGGGUCAAAGAGGGCCACGACAGGGGCCGGAGAGCAUUACAUGGCUUUAUCAAAGGAGAACAACAACACUGCCUCACGAAUUGUCUCAGCUGAUGGAGGACCGAAUCCCAACCAAUAUAUGUCUCUGUCACCAAACAGGCACGGAGAUAUUUCUCAUUCAUAAAGUCAUCAAGCGUCUCACUUCUAAAGAUCGAUUAACAUGACAAAGAUAGAAAAAGACGCAAAGAUCUGAAAAGAGGAGACUCAGAAAAAUUUCCUUUUUCUUAGUGAAAACUAGUAUUGUGUUGCAAAAUUUGUUCGCCUGUAUACCCACGCGUGUCUAUUCCUUCAAACAAAACAUUUUCCAAGAAAACCAAAUACCUAGCAUCUAAAAAGCAUUUAGUAUGAUCGAAGGCCUAGUUUGAAUUCAUCAGAGAAUGGAGAGAGAAGUUAGUAGUGUGAACUCUCCCUUAUCACGCUUUCUCGAGCAAUACGCUUUUGUACACAGGCCCUGCUUAACGUAUUAUACACCUUUUGCGUCUCUUAGUAUAUGUAUACCAUUAUUGGCAAGGAUGCCCAAGUUCAAAGUCUUCAUUCGUAAAUGGGAAAACUUCUUGAGGUUUCAGAGAUUUGAAUUGUCCAAACCUCACGGUAGCUUUUUAUUUCCUAAAAAAUUCUCAAUCCGUAAGGCUAAUAUUACUUCCCAGGUAAAUACCGAGUUCAGAUAAGAGCCCGGUUUUGUCGUGUAAUCAUUAGGGGUUUAGAUUUGAUUUGCAAACUAUUCAGAGUGAAUGAAACUUCAAGUAGGCAGCAUAUUUCAAGAAUGUAGUAAAGGUUCUAAGGACUGCGCUAUUUUUGCAUAAUUCUGCUUUGGUAGAGAAUUGUAAAUUGCUUGAGAUUUGUACGACACACAUGCGUUUGAUAAUUGCUAACUGUUCUGGUACCAUAGAAAUGAAUUUGGCUAUUUGUUACAAGAACAAUGAGAAGCAAUGUGGGGAAUAAGUAAUUUUGAUAAUCAAACACGAAUAUAGCGAUUUCAAAGGUAUUGACUCGGAAAAUAUCUUUAAUCCCUUUAGUUUGGAGAAUAAAGGAGCAGAAAAGGCUCGAUAGUCUGAAUCGGUGAUAGCUCGCACA